GCCCUGAGUUUGCAAUCAUAACAAACCAGCGACGACGCAUCAAGCAAUCUCAUCCUCCUUUUGUAGUUUUGUUUCUGCAGGUUCUACUUUCACUCUGCAGUUCUUUCGCUAUUGCUGUAUUUUACUGAUUUAUAUACAUCAUGCCGCGACCACGUCGGCGGAAAAUCGUCAGGCGUGCUGCCACGACGCACGUCUCUCUAGACCACCAACCCGCGCUUGACUCGAGCUCAAGUCUUCCCACCCCCACAGAGCCGCUAAAGUCCUCUCCUCCAAAGCGUGCCCAGGACUUGAGUUUUACUUGCAGACAGACUCGACGCAGCUCUGCGCUGUCGCUGAACGAGGUCGCGAUGAGCGAGUCUGAGACGCAGGAACGUCGAGCAGAUGAGAGCGAGAGUGUGAAUAAGAACGAGAAGCGGGGUGGCAAAACUCGUGUCUCUGAUGCGAGCGUGUUUGAUCCUACCCUGACAUCGACGCCUAAAAGCGAGGCGAUGUUACAGCCUCUGUCGAAACAGGUACGGCCGAGUGCGCAUAAAGCAGGGCUUCCGCGAAAAUAUUCUACGACUGUCAACGACGGAGUCGAAGCGGAUAUAGACGACGACAACAGGUCGACGCCCUCAUCUGAAUCGUCAGAUCCGUUUGGAUUCAGCAAAAUACGCGGUGUGCGCGUCGCAGGACAACUAUCGUCAUCCCCUUCUCUCCCUUCAACGCCUACUUCGCCUGCAGCCUUUGAAGAAACCGCGCAGGCCGACGAUAAACCUGAUUCUAUCAACGAAGACCUUUUGUCAUCUCCUCUGUCAGACCUGAGAGGUCCCACACCAUCUCCUUCCCAUCUAUACAUGACCGACAAUGAUAAUGCAGAUGAUCUACCGGCAUCACCACUUCGCGCCACGAACGCAAACUCUCCGCUGAAGCAGCGCCGCGUCGAGAAGCAGCGCCGCGUCGAGCGCCAGCGACGGUCGCGGAAAGAGUCGGGCGAAGUCACGACCGCGCAGCUUACUUCUCUUUUGCCGCGACGGGCUACGUCCGGCCGGGAGCGAACGCGCACGCGGACGCAAAGCGGUGCGGGAGAUGACGACGAGGAUGACAGCGAUGCGAGCAGUGAGGAUGAUGAAGACGGACGCGAAUAUAAGCAGCCGCAGAAAAGAAGACGGAAACGGCUCGCGUCCGGAAAGGAGAACAAGAGGGAACCUAGUUCCAAGGGACGGACGAAGCAGUCGGAGAAUCUCAAGAAGCACGUGGACGAGGACGGCAGUGACUUUGAUCUCUCAGAGGAGGAGGACUCGCCGGACUCGGACGUGCUGCGGAAGAUGGAGAAUGAGCGACUACGGAAGAAGUUCAGUGAGGUUGACGAGUGGAAUUUGGAGGUCGAGAGUGUGCCUGUGGGCUCAGAUUCGUCGUUUACAUAGUGUGCUUGUAGAUGUUUUGCUGUAAUGAUGUCUUGAUGUCUUGAUUGCUUGGUGUGCUUAAUACAUGUCUGAUGUACACUACAUAUAACUACACAACUACUAACUGCUAAUUGCCAACUAUUAAACUAUUAAA